UCUGGGCUGCGUGUGUCAAAUACGAAGUAGCUCCCGUCGCUGCUGUGAGGAGUUCCAGCCCGCGGGGGAAGAGGGGGAAUAACGCCGAGGUUUGGAGUUAGUGACAUCAAUAACAGGGUCUCUGCCCCAGGGAGCCCGCGGGGCGGGGGGGGUGGCCACUAAGGCAGAGGCGUGGGGUAUUCAUAACUCCGCGCCCCUUAUUAAUUAUUUGUUAACUAACGUCCCGCAAGUUUGUUGGAGGGGCUGCCUUGGUCGGUGUUGUGUUGGGUCGGGGUUGGAAGCAGCCUCUAGCCGGGAUGGUUAUCGAAAAUCAUUUACAACCAAAUAUUCCAGGCACUCGGGCAGAACUUGUGAACUGACUUUGGACACAAGAGAGACAGACGUAUUGCAAUCUGUGCGAGUUGUUGCAAUGGCUCGUCGCUCUGAGGUUCCAUUGAAGGAAGCCCCAGAUGGAGGAUGGGGCUGGAUGAUUGUGAUCAGCUGCUUCCUAGUGACUGUCUGCACAAGGGCAGUGUCCAGGUGCCUCUCUAUAUUUUUUGUGGAGUUCCAGAAUUAUUUUGCUCAGGAUUACGCAAUGACAGCAUGGAUACACUCGACUGUCGACUGCACUACAAUGCUGUUUGCUCCUGUAGGGAGUAUUAUUAGUAACCAUUAUUCUACCAGAGUGGCAGUGAUUCUUGGAGGACUCUUGGCUGCUGGUGGCCUUGUUCUCAGUUCAUUCGCCACUUGUCUGGAGUACCUGUACCUUUCACUGGGAGUCCUGACUGGUUGUGGAUAUGCUUUAGCUUAUUCUCCUGCUAUUGCUAUUGUGGGAAAAUACUUCAGCAACAAGAAAGCCAUGGCAUACGGAUUGGCCAUGUCAGGGAGUGGAAUUGGGACUUUCAUUUUAGCCCCAGUGGUUCAGCUGCUAAUUGAAGAAUACUCUUGGCGUGGGGCGUUGCUCAUCCUCGGAGGCCUUGUCGCCAAUAUUUGUGUCUGUGGUGCUUUACUACGACCCCUUGUACUUGCAGAAGAUCUAUCUAGUUCUACCGUUGGAAAUGCAGCUGAGGAAUGUAACUACGAAGUGUCGCAUGAAGAUCCUCAACUGUCCUUUCAUUCUGUGGAUCCAACAUCCUUCGAAAAAAAAAAAGAUAAAAAGCAACUCUGCAAAUGCUGCCCAUCCCAUAAAGAUUAUGCUUUCCUCCUGACACCAGACUUCCUUGUAUUUGCCCUAUCUCUGCUGUUCAUGGCCUAUGGAUGCAGUACUCCGUUUGUGCAUCUCGUACCAUACGCAGUGAGUGCUGGGGUCAGCCAGCAACAAGCUGCCUUCUUAAUGUCAAUCCUUGGCAUUGUGAACAUUGUUGGAAACAUCUCAUUUGGCUGGCUGACAGAUAGAAGGUGGUUGAAGAAAUAUCGCAAAUACUGUUACAUUUUAACCAUUGGGCUGGAUGGCGCCUGCUCUCUCUUCAUUCCUAUUCUGAGAUCUUUCCCACUCCUGGUUCCCUAUGCUGUACUUUAUGGAUAUUUUGAUGGGGCAUAUGUUGCCCUCAUCCCAGUAGUAACAUCAGACAUAGUAGGAAAUGCUUUCCUCUCCUCUGCUCUGGGAAUAGUGUUCUUUAUCCAUGGGAUACCCUACCUCAUUGGCCCACCAAUAGCAGGUUGGUUGGUGGACACAACAGGAAGUUACACUGCAGCGUUUCUUGUCAGUGGAUUGUCCAUGAUAUUCAGUUCCACGUUGGUCAUUUCUAUUGACUGGAUAAAGAAAUGCAGAAAUUCAGCGAACGUUCAAACCACCGUCGAAGAGUCGGAUCCCAGCAUUAUAGCUUUUCAGACUGCAUCAGACAAUCAGAUAUAAAAUCAAGAGUUUAUGUAAGCUAAGAAACAGGAGUAACAAGGUAGUGGCUUCCAGAAGGUCCUCAAAACAUGGAAACCAUUUUGUGUUGGCAAUCUAGACUUGAGUCAAUAUCAGUAAAUAUUUUGUUAAAUCUUUCAAUGCCAAAGUAUUUUUAUAUUCAGAAUAGUUUUUUCUCUAAAUUAUCUAAUUUCCCUCAUACAUUCCACACAUGCCUCUUGACAUGCCAAGUUGCCUUUUCACAGGUUUCUUGUUGUCCUUUUAUAAAACAAACCAGGGUGCAUUUAUGACUAUGUGACUCAUAUAAUGGAUCAGAUGUAUACGUCAGUGCAUGGGUAGUUCUCUUUGCACAUGUUAAUGUUGUGUCAAUGGACAAUUGUAAGAAUGAUAAUAAAAGGUUUUUGCCAGAUAGAAGAUUCUGAUAAGCAGGGUGUAGAGAUGAGAUGCAGAUUAGCUGUGAUCUGCUGCAAAAACAGACUCUCAAUCAGCUUGCAUUGUUGCCAUGUAGAAAUUAGUUUGGAUUGAAUUGUUAUUGACUCACCUGUGUUUACUCAAAUUGUUCAUUUGACUGGUACAGCAAUGUGUCAGAUUUGUACAAAAACUAUAAUGCCUGGAGUUUCUUGAGGACGAGAUAGGAAUUAUAGAAACAUAUGAAAAGGGGUGUGUUUUAAAGAGCUACAAGGUUGCCAUUCCAUUUUCACUAUAUAUCUUAAUGUUACCUUUCCAAACAGUCUGGUCUUUUGUACUGACAAGUAACGUAAGGCAUGUGCUUCCGAUUAUCGGGAAUAGCUCCACACAGAAGGAAACCCUCUGACCUGUCAUGCAUCUGCCAGCACUUUGGUAGAAGUGCACAAUUAUUUUAACCCUCCUCUUGCUCCAGAU